AUGUCUGUUUUAUGGUUUUUCGGCUUCUGCAGAGAUAUCUUCUCUAUCAUCAUCGAAAUCGAGAGAUUCUGGCUUCUGCUCAGGAACAAUGAUCCAGAAGCAAAGAAUAGCGGCGAUGAAUGCGAAAACGCAUCCAGAUCCAAGAAGAGGGCCUUUCUUGCCAUUUGUGGCAGCGCCAAUGCCUGA